UUGUAUGGAUAAAGGCCUCUGAGCCCGGCUGUUGACCUUAUUGGCUGAGUCUGGAACAAGGGAGGUGGUGAAAAGACGCUGAAACGUUAAACAAACGUCCCGGGCCGCCCGAGGAGCAGCACCCGAGACCGAGGCUCACUCUGAAGCUGUUAUCACUCAAGAACGAGGCCAGAAGUCUUCAGCCAGAAUGUCCGCAGCCAAGCGCGCCAAGGGGAAGACCACGAAGAAGCGCCCCCAGAGGGCGACUUCCAACGUCUUCGCCAUGUUCGACCAGUCGCAGAUCCAGGAGUUCAAGGAGGCCUUUAACAUGAUCGACCAGAACCGAGACGGCUUCAUCGACAAGGAGGACCUGCACGACAUGCUGGCCUCUCUCGGAAAGAACCCCUCGGACGAGUAUCUGGAGGGCAUGAUGAGUGAGGCUCCGGGUCCCAUUAACUUCACCAUGUUCCUCACCAUGUUUGGGGAGCGGCUCAAUGGAACAGACCCCGAGGACGUCAUACGCAACGCCUUCACCUGCUUCGAUGAGGACGCCUCAGGGUUUAUCCAUGAGGACCAUCUUCGUGAGUUGCUGACCACCAUGGGCGACCGUUUCACCGAUGAGGAGGUCGAUGAGCUUUUCCGUGAAGCACCAAUUGACAAGAAAGGAAACUUCAACUACACGGAGUUCACCCGCAUCCUCAAACACGGCGCCAAAGACAAGGACGACAUCUAGACACCAGGCCCAGCAUCCUACAGGAGUUCGUCUGAAAUCAGGGGUUAUAUAUGAGACACAGUUCACAGAGUAAAAAUGCUCAUCUGGAAUCCAUUUAAGUUGUUUAUAUCCUGAUGAAUGCAAUUACUGCCAAUUGAGGUGGGAAGACAGGGUUGCAAAUCAGCACUUUUACCCUGAGAAUUCUUUUGCAGUCACAUCUUAAAGGAAUACUCAAGCAUUUUUCAACCUAUUCUCUAUUUGCUGCGUCUGUAUAUCUAUCCUGCUGCCACAGAUAUUAAUUUUGAUGCAUUUUUCUUGUAUUUAGCAAAAGUAGACUUAAAGCCAGCCAUAAUUCUAUUCUAUAAUUGUUUCCUCAAGCUUGAACACCCCAGUCAGAUGACAUGCUUUGUUCAUUUUCUGAGUAAAAAUAAAUUCACAUAUGUUAACAGUUUUUUUCCUGCUAAUUUUAGUG